GCGGGCCCGUCCACUGCGCCUCCGCCUCGGUCCUGCCCCGCGUCAAUGACCGUCCUCCCCUCACGCUCAUGGCGGAAACUAAGAUCAUUUAUCACAUAGACGAGGAGGAGACUCCGUAUCUGGUCAAGCUGUCCGUGUCUCCGGAGAAAGUCACCUUAGCGGAUUUUAAAAAUGUCCUCAACAACAGACCCGUCAACAGCUACAAAUUCUUCUUCAAAUCCAUGGACCAGGAUUUUGGGGUGGUCAAAGAAGAGAUUUCCGAUGACAACGCCAAGCUGCCCUGCUUCAACGGGAGAGUAGUGUCCUGGUUGGUUCUGGCAGAGAGCGCUCACUCGGAUGGAGGGUCUCAGUGCACGGAGAGCCACCCGGAGCUGCCCCCCCCUCUGGAGAGAACAGGAGGCAUCGGAGACUCCCGCCCCCCCUCCUUCCAUGCCAACGCGGUCAGCAGUCGAGACGGCCUGGACACCGAGACGGGCACCGAGUCUCUGCUGAGCCACCGCAGGGAGCGAGAGAGGGAGCGCGCACGGAGGAGAGCGCGUGAGACUGAGCUCCCUCGCAUCAACGGUCACUCUAAAUCAGAGCGCACUGCCAGAGACUCGGCCAUGGGUUACGACAGCGCCUCAGUAAUGAGCAGUGAGCUGGAGUCCAGCUCCUUUGUUGACAGUGAGGAGGAUGAGGAUGCGAGCAGGCUCAGCAGCUCCACAGAACAAAGUUCUUCUUCUCACCUGAUGCGCAGACACAAGCGUCGCCGACGGAGGCACAAAGUGGCCAAAAUAGACCGAUCCUCAUCCUUCAGCAGUAUCACCGACUCUACGAUGAGCCUGAACAUCAUCACCGUCACACUGAACAUGGAGAAGUACAACUUUCUGGGUAUCAGUAUUGUUGGUCAGAGUAAUGACCGGGGAGACGGGGGCAUCUACAUCGGCUCCAUCAUGAAGGGAGGAGCUGUGGCUGCUGAUGGGAGAAUAGAACCUGGAGACAUGCUCCUCCAGGUGAACGAUGUGAACUUUGAGAACAUGAGCAAUGACGACGCCGUCAGGAUUCUCAGAGAGAUCGUUUCCAAAACCGGUCCUAUUAGUCUCACCGUUGCCAAAUGCUGGGACCCGUCUCCACGAAGCUACUUCACGAUCCCUCGUGCUGAACCAGUGAGACCCAUUGACCCUGCAGCCUGGAUCUCACACACCACUGCCCUGACGGGACCUUACCCGCACUACGAGUUUGACGACUUGCCCUUAAGUGCAAGUAAAACGGACAUGGCCACGAUAGUCAAGGUGAUGCAGCUGCCGGACUCCGGCCUGGAGAUUCGAGACAGGAUGUGGUUGAAGAUCACAAUCGCCAACGCUGUCAUCGGUGCUGACGUGGUAGACUGGCUUUACUCCAGAGUCGAAGGAUUCAAGGACCGGCGGGAUGCGAGGAAGUACGCCAGCAGCCUCCUGAAACACGGCUACCUGAGACACACCGUCAACAAGAUCACCUUCUCCGAACAGUGCUACUACACCUUCGGGGACCUCUGCCAAAACAUGGCGUCGCUCAACUUGAAUGAGGGAUCCAGCGGCGGAGGCUCCGAGCAGGACACCCUGGCACCGCUGCCCCCCACCAGCAACCCCUGGCCCCUGGGCGGGCAGCCAUUCCCCUACCCUCCUUUCCCCUCCGCGCCCCCCAGCUUCCCGCCAGGAUACUCCGACCCGUGCCACAGCUUCCACAGUGGGAGCGCAGGCAGCCAGCACAGCGAGGGAAGCCGAAGCAGUGGAUCCAACCCCAGUGCCGGCAAAGGUAGACGCUCCUCCCCACAGGAGAAGGGUCAGAGGUCAACAUGCGGCGAGUCAGAGCCCGCCAUCCGUGGAGGGAGGCGCGUGGACAGGUCCGCCAGCCAGAUCAGCCAUCACAGCCACGCCGUGUCCAGCCACAGUCACGCCCGAUCCGGUCUCAGCCACAGUCAGUCCCACAGGAGCCACCAUCACUCACAGAACAGCCACCCCCCCUUCACCUACAGCCACGCCCCGUUCACCAAGCCCGCGCCAGGCUCCUGUGCCCAGAGCGAGCGAAGCCACGCCUCCUCCUACGGCCCCCCCGGCUUGCCUCCUCCUUAUUGUCUGGCCCGUCUGGCCCCCAAGACCUCGGUCAGCAGCAGCACGCCCCCCGGAGCCCCCCCUGGGAGAGAGUUAGCAUCCGUUCCUCCUGAGCUCACCGCUAGCCGCCAGUCCUUCCAGCAUGCUAUGGGCAAUCCCUGUGAGUUCUUUGUUGACAUCAUGUGACAGGACAGUGCCUUGAAAACCCAUCGAGCACAAAACAAUUCUCCACGAACCCGCCCGUCCCCUCCUCCCUCUCCUCCCUAAGAUCUUUUCUGUCUCCAAGUUCCGAAUGUAAACGCUGACUGGGCCUCCACCUUAACCCCCUGCUGUCUGUCUGUCCCUCUGAUGUCCACACAAAGGACUGCGGGGGGGCCUGAGCACAGCGGGGGGGGAGUCCUCUCACACUUACAGACACGGGUCCUCGGCGACUGAAAACCCUCUUUUGUAUUGACGUGACGUGUACAGUUUGUGAAACGUGAAUGGUGAAUUCAAUGUGGUGAUUCUUCAGACAUGCUCUCGGGAGCGUGCACUCUACGUGGGAUCAUCUCUGUUCUGCGAGACCUUUAAGAUGUCCGGGGCCUGGAUCUCAAUCCCCAGGACCCAGACCGACACCUUCAACCCGCACUUAGGAGGAACUUUUUAAUUUUCUGGGGGCCUUGGACUCAGACUGGAUCUCCUGACUCAAAUCUGUGCAUAGCCGAACGUUUUUUUACUCUUUUCACUAAUCCUGUUUCGACCCCAUUUCCUUUCUGGUGUGGCACUGCCACCGGUUUAUUUAAGUUCUCAGUUGCCAAGACUAACCAUGAGUUGACAAACGGUGGAUUUCUUCAACAAGGGAGUCCCCCCCCCGCAGCCAGUUUAACUAGGCUGCCUCUUGCAUGACUGUCUCAACUGCUUUAAAGAAAAGACGUUUUAUGAAUACAUUUUGUUUUUAAAGUAUUACCAUUGUUGUGGAGGGGAGGCGUUACCUCUUGCCAAACGUUCUAAAGGAAGAAUCCGUACACUGGAUAAAUUUUGUGAUGUUAUUUAUGUGCCCACGUUGCGUUGAUGGUGUCAUACUUUGUCUACUUCGACUGACUGACAAUCAGACAUCACCCUUUGUGAACCAGUGGCCCGUCGCCCACUGUCCUAGCUGUUCUUUGUCGAAUGUAUCGUUAUUUCUGUCGGUGAUUAAACCCUGAUGCUCCGGACGGUUCAGUUCAAACACUUCUAACGUGAGCGAACCAUCAAACGUACAGGAUUGCAAACAGUGGACACCCACCACAGCCGCGAGAGCAAACUCCACAGGGCUGGCGUGAGAUAGAACCAGUUUUGCUGUUCGAGUGUGAGCUUCUGAGAAAAAAAAGUUACAAGCCAAAGCCUCACGUUGUGUAUGACGGACAUUUCGGAAGCUGUUUAUGAUGUAAAUCUCCUCAUGACUGUCAUCAGACACUUCUCAUUUUCACGAGUUCCAAGUGACUUUAAGGGGAGUCCUGGCCUUCAGACGCUCAUCUCCUUGGAAAACAAUGGCAAACCCCUGUUGUAUCUACCUAAAACAUAGAAAACAAGAAGGAAAACACACACAAACACACACACACGUUGCUCUUUCUAUUGUUGUGAGGACACUCAUUUGACAUAAUGCAUCCCCAGGGUCGGUACACUAACCAUAACCAUCACACAUAUAUGCCUAACUCCUCCCCCUGCUGUUGACUUAAUUCUAACCCAAACCGUAAAAUCAAACUCGGCACCGAAGUUGUGAGGACCGGUCAAAUGUCCCGAAAUGUCCCCACAACGAUGGUUUCGAGCCAGUAUUUGUCCACACAACCAUAGGAAGACAUGUCCACACACACACACAUACACACACACUAGCACUUUUCCAUUUUUUUUCUCUCCCUCCCUUUAGUAUGAAACACUGUUUGCAAUCAAAGCUUUCUCUUUAAUUUUGUUUCUUUACAAAAGAAGAAUAAAUUGUACAUAGAAAUUUAUUAUAUAUAUGAAUAAAAGUAUAUAUGUUCAACA